GGACGUCAGGAGGCAACGUUGCGUGCGCGCUCGCGACCCCGCUUUGGCGUCGUCUCUCUGACGUCACCGCCCUCUGAUCAUCCGAAAUCCCUGAUAACACGGCGCGCGCUCCCGCUCGGCUCUGAAUGGGGGCUCAGUCCAGCUUGUGACAGCUCGUCCUGUAGUGUAACCGUAGACGCCACGGUCCGCUCAUCCAGUCGGGUCCGCUGCUUUCAGACGCGCCGGUAGUCCACGGCCCUGCUCGUCCGGUAGUACACAUUUAUUCAGGAAUGAGAAAUGAUGGCCGGCUCUGCAGCAGAGGAGAAAACCUUCCGACGGUUCUUGGAGCUCUUUAUUCGGGAGAUGAGGAUGCCUCUGCAGGAGGGCGACCCGCUGCCGACGCGCCCCUUGUCGGACCUGGUGUCUGAGGACGAAGUGGAGGGGGAAUGCCUCGACUUGUGUCUCCAGCACCUCUACAAAUAUAACUGCCCAUGCUCCCUGGCUGCCGCCUUGGCCAGAGCCACAGCAGACAGCCUCCUGCAGACUGACCUCUCCAUUCACCACCUCAAUAAGACUGUAGAAGAUGGAGCUGACCCAUUACCACAGAUGGAGUCUGUGAAGCUGGCCCGGCUGGUGUUUAAUAGACUGUUUGAGACGUGCUGCCUCUGGCUGAAGGAGCUCCCCUUCCGCCGCCGUCCACAACCAUAUUAUGAGACGUCCAUCCACGCCAUCAAGAACAUGAGGCGCAAGAUGGAGGACAAGCACGUCAUCAUCCCUGACUUCAACACACUCUUCAAUAUUCAGGAUCAGGAAGAGCAGGCUUUCUUUGCUGUGUUUGACGGUCACGGAGGUGUGGAUGCUGCCAUUUAUGCAGCCAAUCACCUUCACGUGAACUUAGUCCGGCAGGAAUCCUUCAGCCAGGACCCCAGCGAGGCGCUCUGCAGAGCCUUCAAAGUCACCGACGAACGCUUCGUGAAGAAGGCCUCGCGAGAGAACCUACGUUGUGGCACAACAGGCGUGGUGACGUUCCUGCGGGGCCGGACGUUGUACGUGGCCUGGCUUGGAGACUCCCAGGUCAUUCUGGUCAGGAGAGGGCAGGUGGUGGAGCUGAUGAAACCACAUAAACCAGACAGAGAGGAUGAGAAGCAGAGGAUCGAGGCUCUCGGAGGUUGUGUGAUCUGGUUCGGCACGUGGAGGGUCAAUGGCAGCCUGUCUGUAUCCAGAGCGAUAGGUGACUCGGAGCACAAACCCUACAUCUGUGGUGAUGCAGACCAUGGCGUCUUCCCAUUGGAUGGUUCAGAAGACUACCUGAUUCUGGCCUGCGAUGGCUUCUGGGACACGGUGAAUCCAGAUGAGGCGGUGCGCGUGGUCAGUGAUCAUCUCCAGGAGAACACUGGGGACACCACCAUGGUAGCUCACAAGCUGGUGGCCUCAGCCCGGGAUGCGGGCUCUAGCGAUAAUAUCACUGUCAUAGUGGUCUUCUUGCGGGACCCGCGCUCGCCGCCACCCACCAGCACCGAGGAGGAGGAGGAGGGUGUGGUGGAGGGAGAGGUGGCGGACGAGGAGGAGGUAGCAGAGGUGGAGGAGGAGGAGCAAGAAGAGGAGGAGGAGGAAGAUGAAGCGGUCAGGGUAGAGCGUGACGGCGGAGAGGGAGGAAGCAAUGCGGACAAUGGGGGGAAGAGCCGUGGAGGCUGGCCCCUGCAGCAGUGCUCAGCGCCCGCCGACCUUGGCUAUGAAGACCGAACUGACUCGUUCACGGACAGAACUAGCCUCAGCCUGCUGGGGCCGGCGCUGGAGGGCCGCAUCUCGCUGACCCGUGGCUCUUUCGGCGUUAGCCCCGACCUCUUCGCUGCCUCUCACAUCUUCCGAGAACGCGCACUGAGGCGCAGGUCCUGUGUCCCUUUUCAGGAGUCCAGCAUCUCUAGCUUCACGGACCCACUGUGGCCCCACACAGCCAUGCUGUUAGGCCAGGCAGUGAGGCGAAGCCGCAAGCUCGGUUAUGGUAGUCGCCGGUGGGGGCGGAGGUUGCCAAGCAGAUCCAGGGAGCUGCUAGGCCUGUUACCAUCUGGCCCCCUGCUGCCCCACAUGCAGCGCUACUCCAACCGGAAAUCCGGAGUGGCAGUGCCUCAACUGCCCCAUGAUGCCACCAUCUGAAGAGGUGACCCAGACCAAACCAUCUCCUUCAUUUCUUCAGCCCUCCUUCCUGCCCCGCAGUCCACCCAUCCACCUUUGCCUUCAACAACACGUCAACAUGUCUUUCUUUGAUAGUUGGUAGUUGUAGCUCCUGCAGUUGUUAUGUGAUUAUUGAAUCUCUGUCAGAGGAGUGGUGCUCUCUGUCCUAAGCUGAAAUGUUUCCAAUUGUAAGCUGGCCCAUUAACACAAGCCCCGCUCCUCAAUGCUGUAGGUAAAGCUCAUAACUGCAUUCUCCAUUGGGACCACUGACCAGUCAAAAUGAAGCCAGAGCUGGAAGUGCAGGUUAAUAAGAUGUGUUCAGACUGAAGGACACGGCUUACCGUAGGCACCUCACAUAAAGUUUAGGUCCGAGUACUUCAUUAACGAGGGUAUAAGUGAGGAGUUAAAGGCAAAUAACAGAAAGAACUGGACACCAGAAACAUUUAGAAGCAGUUUUGUUGAUGAGAAACAUAUUCAGUCUGAACACAUUUAAGAUUAAUUUAUGUGCUUGGUCGCUCUACAGACUAUUUUGAAGAGACAAUAUUAAAAAGAAAGAAGAUGCAACACAGAAAAGAUUAAAUCUGGUACUCGAAGAAGGAAAAAAUGAGGACGAAAUAAAAAAAAUUCACGGCUUGGUCAAAAGUAUGUGGACAAAAGUAUCAUGCACUGCAGGGAUCGGAUCCCUUUUUAGCCAUCUUUACUGUCAUUUCUUGUUACUCUCUUGUUACAAUAUAUAAAAUGUAUAAGCCAACACCAAACUACUUUUGCUGGUUUGCUCUAUAAACAUUCACACAAAGUGGACAGAUGGGGCAGGAAGAGUCAAAUCUAUCUCCGUAGCUGUAACUGAACUUCAUGCUUUAAGUGUAAUCAUCCACACACGUUUUUUUUGUAAUUCUGCAUCUCACUGUGCAGUCAUACCCAGGUAUAAAUGCACGGCGAGGUGUCACAUAUCAUCUUUUCUUCUGAGAAAGCUACUGAGAAUGUCGAGCGACCCAGCAUUAAAUUAAGCUCUAAUAGCGCAGCCUGCCUCUCUGUCUCCUCAACAAUCCCUCGGUGGCAGAUGAAUAACAUUCGUAAGCGGAGGCCGGAACAAUUGUUGCUCCUGGUUUCUCGGACUGGAAGCACACGCUGUUCUGCCCCCUCCGAUUCAGUCAAUGACCCAGCCAUUAUCCAGCCACAUUUGUCUACAGAUAAAAGCACUUAGCACCGGAUUAUAAAAGAUUAGCAGUCACUUACCUGAAUAAAUUCUUCAUGUAGUCCAUGUAGUCCAGAUGGUGAUAUGCUCCUGAGAUAAUGGGGUUUUUAGAGCGGGGGGUAUUUAAAAAAAUAAUAAUUUCAUCAUAGUUUUGGCUGUUUUUGUUUUUUACAGAAAACCCAGUGAACGAAAGCAUUUUUCCCACAGGCGUUCCAUACCUUCCACAUUACUGAGUUACUGAGGCCCAUGUCCUUUAUACACCCGGUCACUCAUUGUUUCAUAUCACCAUUAAAAACAAGUCUGGCUUGUGCGUUCAGCCCAGUCAUAUCACGAGGCUCUAACAGCAAAAGAGAUUAACAUUUUUAUUUUGCCAAAAAGAAAGUAUGAUACCACUCUCACAUCUGUCUGAUAAAUAUGAAGCUAUUACCAGCAGCUGAUUGGCUCAGCUCACUGAUGCUUACUUGUGGAUAAAACACCAAUAUCUAUCACCGCUAUGUCUAUGAAGAUAGGAGGACCAUGCAGUAUUUUCCAGCUGUAUUAUUUAUUAAUUCAGAGAAACAGGAAAUUUUCCAAAAUUUUUAAAAAACGUGGGGUCUGAUACCAGUUUUUCUAGACUGUAACAUUAAUAUUUUGUUACCUUUUGGCAGACUAUUAUGUUACUACCCAACAAACAUAUUACAUAAUUCCACAUUGUUACAUUUUGUCAUAAUAACUUGGUAAGUUUGUAUAAUUCUCUAGUAGCAAAAUAACCAGACCAGCUGGAGACGUUUUGCAACGUUGAAGUAAGGUUAUAGAAAAAUGUGGAGGUGAUAUCAUACAUGUGAGGUACAUUAUAAUGUUUUAUAAUGCUGCUUUGACUGGGCUUUCACUUUUAUGUUAGUAUUAUGUCAUUUUUAAAUGUUGAGCAAAUGUAAGAGACCAGGAGGAGGCGUUGCUGCUACACUGCCCCAUACAGAUUUUGUUGUAAGGUACCUGCUUCCAGUCUUCAAGCUAAGCUAAGCUAAUUGGCAUCUGGUUUGCAGUGGCUUCUUAUUUAACUAAGUGUACAGAAGUGAGAGUGGUUUCAACUUCUCAUUAAGAAAGUGACCCAGCCAGUGUCCCCAAAACGUAGGAGCCUAAGAGACAGCUAUCAAAAUGUAAAUAAUGAAUCACUGCAUAACAGUAUAUCAUCGACAUAACAUAGUGCAGCUACUAUUGUGCAUUCGCAUCCUCCUUAGAUGGUCCCAUUUGGGAAAAUUGUUCUUCCGACUUCCGCUGUUCAUGUAGCCUAUAGCAUUUAAUGUGAAAACAACAUGAAUGCUACAAAGAAGACAUGUUGUAUUUUCUUACUAAGUGCUUUAAAAAGUGCACACACAUAUUCAUAGCUAUAAUGAAUUAAUAUUGAUUUACUUGACUUGUUAUCCAAAGUUAUGGCAAAUAAAAAAAACAGUAACAAACAGUUAAAAAUAAAAAAAACAUUUCCAAAAUUAAUUUUCAUCACAAAUGUGUAUGAAAAAUGUGAAUUUGCACCACUAAUCAAAGAUUUCUCAGUAUGAGCCAAACACUUUGUUUCAUUUGUCUCGUAGCAACAUUUUUGCAGACAUUCAGAGUUGUUGUAACUUUAGGGCAUGUUUUGCAGUUGGUAGCUAAUUUUUCCAAUUCUUUCAACACCACAUGAAUAGACAAAUAGCUGCCACUGUCAGAGAAAUCCACUGUGGCUGACUCCCAUGGCUUCACAGAGCCUUUAUAAUUGGAUCUGAUCUAGAUUCUGCAAUGGAGAGGCCCUCUGUGCUGUCCAACAGGCUCACUUCAGGUAUCUUAUCAGGCCAUAGAAAUCUUCACUGUCAGCUUUUAUAUCACUUUGCCUGAAAAGAUAUUUCUCCCAUUUAUGUUCAUUUUUUAUAUCUUACUCCACUCAGUACAGAUCCUAUAAACAAUAAUUCAUAAUCAUAAAUACCAAACAACCAUGUAGCCAUCAAACAAUAAUCCUCUGACUGACUUUAUGUGAUAAUACUACAAAGACAGUUUUUUUUCAUAUUGGACUUAUUAAUCCCUUUCUAAUGACACUAAUAACACUUAAACCCAAUCUAAUCUCACUUUGCAUUAAAUAUAUUACCUUUUGUAUCUCACCAUACUCUAUGGCUAUAAUCUAAUGAUACUGAAAAUUUACUCUGAAAAAUAUUUACAUUUUAUACAGAAGCGUGCACUAAUCUGAUUGAUUCCUGGCCAACAAACUUUAGUUCAAACAACAGCUGUGGUUAAUAUUUUUAUGGGGUCAUUCAAUUUUGAAACAAAAACCUUGUAAAAGGUUCUCAGAUAUCCCCUCAUACCUAGCUAAAAACUGUAUAAAAAAUAAGGUUUAAAGACAGAUUAAAACUAUACGUCCAAGAAGGUUACCAUCCUCUCCAGCUACUGAGAAUGCUAACUUUUUCACAAAAGAAAACUAUUUUUGUACUGAAGGCAAAGUUAAUUAGCUCCAACAAAAAACGUUAAAAGUAAAGUAUUUUGAUGCAACCCUCUUUAAAGCUUAGGGAAAAACACAUGGAAGCAGUAUAAAUCCUACAUGACAUUCAGUUGUUAAUAUUGGACUUUUAAUGUUAGCCCACAUGAAAGAAGGCUCGGAUCAGGACUAACCAGUGUUUGGUGAUUUUAAUGUUUUUAGUGGCUGUGUUUUAAGACCUGUGGUUAAGGUCUUAGAACAUGCAUGUCUUUCCACUCAGCAAAGACUUAGCCUUUAUUUUAUUAUAUUUAUUUUGAAUCAUUAUCUAAAUUAUCUUAAGACAUUAAAAAUCACCUGUAAAACCUGAUUUAAAUUUUUUUUUUUUUUUAAAGUUUCUUGAUUUUUGCCACAAAAAUUGGAUUUUUGUUCUCCAUUAGCCACCAUUGUUUCUGUUUCUCCCACAUAAUCUGGAUUCAUUUAGUGCCAUCUCUCUCUUAGUCUGCUUUAAUACUAGUUAGCUAGUUAUCCAGUUGAGUAGAUAUAUAAAAAAAGGUGGUGCACCUAUAUAUUUUUUACAUAUUUUCCAUGCUUUAUUUGUUAUUAAAGUCCAACUUCAAAUCCAGAUUAUCAAGGGUGACCAAACGAAACAACAAUAACCAGUGAGACUGCAGCUAUUUAAUGAGGUUACAAUACGAGCUAGUGCACAGACAAUAUAAAAGAUGGAUGUAGCCCCGAUGACGUUACGAAGCUGAACUUUUUCAGUGUUUUGAAACUCGAUGCGACAACUGAUCAAUCAGAACUUGUUAGCCAGUGAGUAUACCCUGGAUAAUUCUCCUUUCUGACAAUUAACAAGCUGAACCUGACGGUUUAUUUAAUAUGACCUGAAACUCUUUACUGAGCUAUAUUUUUCCAUAGGCUUCUCUAGGGCCAGAAGUCCUUUUGCAGCCAGAGAACUCACCUCCUGGUGGCCAUUAAAAAGAAUGUAUGUUGAAGGCACUUCAUGCUGGCUUCAGUUUUCAGGCCUGGAAGCUACUCCCAUCUUUUACAUUGUCUAUGCUAACAUAUAGAAGCCCACUUUAAGGAUGGCAGCCACCUGCGCCCCCUCCUCCAUCCCUCCAGCCUGUGAAUCCAUGCACUGGUCCAAGAGGCCUGCUCGCCAUCGGAUUACUUACCUUUGUUUCUUGUGUUUUGAGGUUUGGAAAGGCUAAAAAUCUGGUUGCUACGCUUUUGUGUGGACACAUUCAUUCUUCCUGUAACACUGUACCUCCACUCUUUCCAAAUGUUAGUGAUAACCUGGUUCUGUAAACAGUUCAUCCACUUUCACUGGCUGACAAAACACCCAGCAUCACUAACCCUGUUGCUGUUGUCUCCUGUAACCAUCCUGUGGACUGAAUAGUGACGAGCAUGAGCAGAAUGUACCUCAUGUCCCAGAAUGUCCUGACAGACUUGGUGAAGAGGGUCAACAUGAGGUGUUUUUCUUUGUUUUGUUUUUUUUUUGUGAGGGUGAGAAUAGUUUUUUGAGGAAUGUACCGUCGAGACACUCAACAAACUACAGCCACUGGAUCUCUUUUUGUGGGACUGUCGCUGCAGUGUUUGUCUCCAGAAGCGUGAAGACGAUAGGCAACCAAGGAAAUCAAGUCAUCAUAAAAAAAUCACUUAGGAAUGGAUGUGUGUAUAUUAUGAGUAAUGUGAGUUAAUUGGGUGCUGGAGGAGUGUACAUAUAAUAAUUCUGUCUUGUAAAUCAAUGGUUUUAGUCCAUCAGCUGUUGAGAUAUCUACUUGAAAAAGUCAGACGGUCUGAAUCUCACUGAGGUGGCGGUGAGGAGAUGAUGAGUGUUGUCCGAUUGUGGCCUCGCUGCUGUUUCAUCCUCAUCCUGCUCUCUAUUUCCCAGAUGAGAAUAGUAAUCUGGGGAAAACAUACAUUAAAUUAUUGGCUUAAUCUUUUGCAAUAGCUUUGAUUUUUUUUAUUAGUAUCAGCCUUAAAAAAUGCCAGUCAUAUCAGUAGGUUUGCGUUACAAACACAACCAUUUUAGCUCAAAGAUUAGAGCUUUCACAAAGCCUCGAACUCUGGGGAAGCAGAGCCCGCCAUCGGGUGACAGGGUCUUGUUAUAAUGAUGGACAUAUGACACCGUUGGAAAUACAUUACAGGGUUACCUUAGCAACUGGAGCUUGGACUAUCCACCAGCCGUUAGCUAAAAAGGCAUGGGUGCGCGUCCACAAGCGAGUAGCCUAUAAAUCCCGGCCAAAAUCUCUGAUUCAAAUUAUGUCACUAACACCAAAAGACAGCGUCCAUUUCUAUGAUAUUUUGUGUACUGCAGGGGAGCAUAGUGGAGCAGUGGUGCAGCACAAUGAGACAGCCUUGGGCUCAAGCCCAUGAGCUGGCUGGGGCUUUCUCUGUGCCCCAGCUUCCUGUCGCAAAGACAUGUAUGUUAGGUUAAUCGGCGAUCUGUCAGGGUGUACCCUGCUUCUCACCAUGAUGGUUGGGAUUGGCUCCGGUCCCACUGUGUGACCCUGAAUUGGAUAAGUGGAAGAUGGACAGAUGGAUGGUGGUGAUAGAGGGGAAAUCAUGGGUCCAAAGUUGUUAGGGUUCAUCCUCUGGAAAACACGAACUUCUGAACAAACUGGGGAAAAAUAGUAGUAAUACUAUCAGUGGUCAGUUGUUAGUCAAAAUACAAAUGCAUGGAAGUGAUGCAAUGGUCUGUAACCAUAACUGUACAAAACCAUAGAAAAAGGAACAAUCGCACCAUUAUUCACUACUUAAUGAUUUUUGUAUUAAAGCAAUGGUCCAGAUAUUCUGAAUGAAUAACUCCUAGGAGAGACUCGAAAGUUUCAUUUUAUUAACAUUCAUUUCUCUAAUGCUUAGUUUAAUACAGUUUUACUUUGGUUUAGGGUUGAAAUAUUGGACUAUAGUGGCAUAUCUGUCUCUUGAGUGACCCGCUCACAGCCUGAAUACAUUUCAGAUGCAUUAUUUUAGAUCCUGAAGCCAUAUCUGUUCAAGCGGAGAAACACUAAAUAUCCAGCAAACACAGUCUGCACCAUCUGCUCCAACAUAAAACUGUAUUACAUUAAGUUUGAUGGUUUUUCAUUAGAAUGAGAUCUCCUUUGAUGUUAAAGAGUUUUUGAUAUUUGGUGGCAGUUCUGCUCUACUAUAGGAAACUGCUGUGUGCACACUGACACUCUGAAGCUAGUUUUACUCGUGCCCACUCCUGCUUUGCAGUGCAGUUGUAGUUUUCGGUGUCCUGUUGUUCAGUUUUUCAAACCGUGACAGCUCUCAGUGACCAGGAACCCCGUUGGCUGCAUUCAUGUGAAUACAGUGUUACCCAUCAUACUGAAAAACCACAGAAGUUGUCACUGUAUAAGCAAGGAAAGCAUUUGCCAUCAUUCCCUGUGGUAAAUCCUCCACCUUAGAUCGAGAAACCCUACACUCCCCGACCCGCUCACGCUCUGCUUGCUCUUAAAAAUUUCCUCCGAGUCGGACGUGUCCCCGCCCUCAUGAUGAAAGCAAGCAGAGGUUCGGCUCUGCUCUCCCAUGAUCACCGUCCAACUAUAGGGCCCUCUGUGAAUCUGCACUGUGUCUAUGUACACAAAAGCUUUUUCUUUUACUCUGUAAGCAAUAAUGACAUUGCAUUAAAAGGCUCUCUGUGGGUUUGUCUUCUGCUGAAGGAUGCAACAAAAUACAGUUGUGUUAAGCCAUACUUGAAAGGGCAUAAUGGGCGAGUCCCUGAAGUCAGUUUCCCAUUCAUUUUACCUGCAGAGGAGUCCUAAUAUGUCUCAGAUCAGCUUUGGCAUCAGAUAGAAGAAUGAAUGUGAAGCUUUCUUCUGUAAAAACAAAAAAAAAGGAGCUGGGAUAAAAGAGGCAGGAUGUUUAAACUUGUAUAAGCCAUCUGUGUGCGUUAGAAAAGGAGUCAUGACUUCUGAGACCUAUGCACUGCUCAAAUGUAGACCAGUGGAUAUGUGGUGAGUUGGGAGUAGGGCUGAGAGUGAGAGCCUCUCUCCUUCUUGUCCUCCAGGCUUGAAGACAAACCCCAUGAUUGGCUCUUCUUCAACAUGCAGGUUAGGUAAAGAAAAAAUGAUAAUAAUAAAAAAAUGUAAAACACACACUGAGUACCUGUAUUAUCUGUGUUCCUGUAGUAUAUAAAUAUGUGUAUUGUAACUGGUGACUAAUUAUGUAUAUAAAGAUUAGACCAAG